AUGGCUUCCACUUCUUCUCUAACUCUAUCUCAAGCCCUUUUGGCUAGAGCCACCUCUCAUCAUGCCACUGACCAACGCCGUGACAGCCACCUCUCUCUUGUCUCCCUUCCUGCUUUCUCCGGUCUCAAAUCCACUACAUCUACAGCCUCACGCGCCACCACCACCACCACUAACCGCCGCCGCCGCGUGUCUUCCCGCCAAGUAAGGGCUGCGGCAGUGGAGACACUGGAUGCGACGACAGAGACUUCAUUGGUGGAGAAGUCGAUUAAUACGAUUAGAUUUCUUGCUAUCGAUGCUGUUGAAAAGGCUAAUUCGGGUCACCCCGGUUUGCCUAUGGGGUGUGCUCCGAUGGGUCAUAUUUUGUACGAUGAGGUUAUGAGGUAUAAUCCGAAGAACCCAUAUUGGUUCAAUCGUGAUCGGUUUGUUUUGUCUGCUGGUCAUGGCUGUAUGUUACAGUAUGCUCUGCUUCACCUUGCUGGUUAUGAUAGUGUCAAGGAAGAAGACUUGAAGAGUUUCCGUCAAUGGGCAAGCAGAACUCCUGGACAUCCUGAGAACUUUGAGACUCCUGGUGUUGAAGUCACAACUGGUCCUCUUGGGCAGGGUGUGGCCAAUGCUGUUGGUUUGGCACUUGCAGAGAAGCACUUGGCUGCUCGCUUCAACAAACCGGACAGUGAGAUUGUUGACCACUACACAUAUGCUAUAUUGGGAGAUGGUUGUCAAAUGGAGGGUAUUUCAAACGAGGCUUGCUCAUUGGCUGCACAUUGGGGGCUUGGAAAGCUGAUUGCUUUCUAUGACGACAACCAUAUCUCUAUCGAUGGUGACACUGAGAUCGCAUUCACAGAGAAUGUCGACAAACGUUUUGAGGGUCUUGGGUGGCACGUUAUCUGGGUGAAGAACGGAAACACUGGAUAUGAUGAGAUUCGUGCUGCCAUCAAGGAGGCUAAGGCCGUGAAAGACAAACCUACUUUGAUCAAGGUGACUACAACCAUUGGUUAUGGAUCUCCAAACAAAUCAAAUUCAUACAGUGUUCAUGGGAGUGCAUUGGGUGCCAAGGAAGUUGAUGCUACCAGGCAGAACCUUGGAUGGCCAUUUGAGCCUUUCCAUGUUCCAGAGGAUGUUAGGCAGCACUGGAGCCGCCACAUUCCAACUGGUGCUGCUCUUGAAGCCGAAUGGAAUGCCAAGUAUGCCGAGUAUGAGAAGAAGUACAGCGAAGAAGCUGCGGAGUUGAAGUCUAUCAUUAGUGGUGAACUACCUGCUGGUUGGGAGAAAGCACUUCCUACAUACACUCCAGAGAGCCCAGCAGAUGCCACCAGAAAUCUAUCUCAGCAAAAUCUAAAUGCACUUGCAAAAGUGAUCCCAGGUCUUCUUGGUGGCAGUGCAGAUCUUGCCUCUUCCAACAUGACCUUGUUGAAAAUGUUUGGGGACUUCCAAAAGGACACCCCUGAGGAACGAAAUGUCAGGUUCGGUGUCAGAGAGCAUGGAAUGGGAGCCAUCUGCAAUGGCAUUGCACUUCACAGUCCUGGUCUGAUUCCCUACUGUGCUACUUUCUUUGUUUUCACUGAUUACAUGAGAGCUGCCAUAAGGAUUUCUGCUUUGUCUGAGGCUGGAGUCAUCUAUGUCAUGACACACGAUUCCAUUGGUCUUGGAGAAGAUGGGCCAACCCAUCAACCAAUUGAGCACUUGGCCAGCUUCCGUGCAAUGCCCAACAUUCUGAUGCUCCGCCCAGCUGAUGGAAAUGAAACCGCUGGUGCAUACAAGGUUGCUGUCCUCAACAGGAAGAGACCCUCUAUCCUUGCCCUCUCCAGGCAAAAGCUUCCCCAACUCCCUGGAACCUCCAUUGAGGGAGUUGAAAAGGGUGGCUACAUCAUUUCAGAUAACUCCUCAGGUAACAAGCCUGAUGUUAUCUUGAUUGGUACUGGUUCAGAGUUGGAAAUUGCUGCUAAAGCUGCCGAGGAACUUAGGAAGGAGGGCAAGGCUGUAAGAGUUGUCUCCUUUGUUUCAUGGGAGCUUUUUGACGAGCAAUCAGAUGCCUACAAGGAAAGUGUUUUGCCAGCAGCUGUAACAGCUAGGGUUAGCAUUGAAGCUGGAUCAACAUUUGGAUGGGAGAAGCUUGUUGGACCCAAAGGCAAGGCUAUUGGAAUUGACCGGUUUGGAGCAAGUGCACCAGCAAGUAAAAUAUACAAGGAGUUUGGUAUUACUGCAGAGGCUGUUAUUGCAGCUGCCAAACAAGUUAGCUAG